GCCAUGCGGGCAGCCGGGUUGCUGCUGCUGGCUUGGGCACUGCUGCGUCCCGCUGGCACCCAGCAAUGCCAUCCUGCCGGCCCCGCCGGUGUCCUGCGCUUCACCGACAGGCAUGCCGAGAUCCGGGUGCCGGCGUUGCACCGAGUUCCCAGCUCCCUCGAUCCCCUCUACAGCCUCGUCCGGCGCUGCCUGGACCUUAUCCAGCAGAAUCCUCUGCCCACAGAGCUGCUCAGAGCAGCCCUGAACGACCCUGGCUCGGUGCGGACAUCACAGGUGGUGCAUUAUGAGCUGGGAUACGUUGUCUGUGCCGUGGUGGCUCUGCUCUUCACUGUGGCCAUGCCGGUGGCCGGGAUGUGCUUCUGCUACUGCCGGAGCCGCCGACGGUGCGGGGGCCGCCUGCGUGCCCACCGUCGCUCGCUGGGCUGCCGCCGUCGCUGCCUGCUGGCCUGUCUGUCCCUCACCUCCCUCAUCAUCCUGAUCAGUGUCACCUGCGCCUUGGUCAGCAGCCAGCGGGUGAAGGGGCAGAUGGAGCCGGGGCUGGGGGCUGUGCCCACCACGCUGCGCACGCUGAGGCAGCACAUCAACAACGUCCCCCAGGGGGUGCAGAUGGUGGUGGACCAGUUCGAGGUGCCCCGACAGCGGAUAAUCUCUGACCUGGGAGGGCUCAGCCGGAGCGUGGGGCUCUCCAUCCACACGCAGCUCAAGGCUAUGACCUACGCGGCGCUGGCGGAUCUGCAGGAGAGGGCAGGAGACCUACAGACCUCGCUGCACCAUUUACAGAUUCUCGAGCGGACCACACGGGCGCUGGCCUCGGCCCGGGCCGAGCUGGAGCCGGCGCUGCGGGAGCGCCGCCGGAGCGUGGUUGAGCUGCUGGAUGAUCCACGCUGCACCUCCUGCGCCAGCGUCCUGGGCAGGGCACAGAGCCUGGAGCUGGGUGCUGACUAUAGCAAGGUGCCGUCGGUAGAGAAGGUUUUGAAGGCGCUGGCUGGGCUGCCCCGAAGUGACUUUGCAGAGAUGAUUCGUCAGGGCAAUGGCACCUUCAACUCCAUUCCGGAGCUGGCUGUGGAGAGGAUGGCACAUGUCAUUCAGGACCUGCGGGACGAGAUGGCCAGUGUGACACAGAAGGUGCAGUCCAUCGCCGACAGCUUCCCCCUCCCCGACUAUACCCUGCCCGUCAGCGAAGCCCUGCUGAAGGCAGAGGACAGGAGCCAGCCCUACCUGCGGGAGGUGGAGCGCUUCGAGCAGUACAGGUGGAUUGCGGGCACGGUGCUUUGCUCCAUCAUCCUCCUCAUCCUCGCCUGCAACGCGGCAGGGAUGGCCCUGGGGGCAUAUGGGCUCUCCAAGCGGGAGGACCCCAGCGACUACGAGUGCCGAGGAGAAGCCGGUGCCAAAUUUCUCCUGGUCGGUGUGGGCCUGGCUUUCCUGUUCUCCUGGCUCCUCGUCCUCCUGGUUUUUGCCACCUUCCUGGUUGGGGGCAACAUCCAGACGCUGGUUUGCAGGAACUGGGUCAACCAGGAGAUUUAUAAGUUCAUUGACACCCCUGGGAACCUGCCUCCAUCCAUGAACCUCACUCGCCAGCUCAACCUCAGGAGGGACUCCAACCUCAGUGCCACGUACCGAGAGUGCAAGAGCGGUGCAGGGCUGUGGGAGGUGCUGCAUCUUGACAGGUCCUAUGACCUGGAUGAGCAUCUGAAAACCCCCAAGUACACAGCAGGUUUCCAGAAGCGCCUGGGGGACUUCACUGCGCGCCUGGGGGACGUGCGGCUGCUCCGCAGCGAGGGCAGGCAGGACCUGGAGACCUUUGCCCACAGCGGUGCGGAUGAGGUGGACUAUGGACGCUUCCAGGAGGAGAUGAAAAUCCCUGUGGUGCAGACCAGCCUCCCUGGCUUGGCAAGGAACCUCGAGGGGCUGCAGAAAAUGCAGAGGAACAGCACAGUGGCAGGACGGCUGGCAGCCGAGGCCAGAGCCCUCUGGCAGCUGCAGAACUCCACAGUGCAGUCACAGGAGGCUUUGGUGGCAAGGCUGGGGGAAAGCGUCCAGUUCCUCUCCCGCUUGGCGCCGCACCUCCAGGAGCGGGUGAGGACAACACUGACUACCACAGCCUCAGUGGAAGCCCGACUGCCUGUGCAAGCCCAGCAGAUCCUCCGACAGGAGAUUGGCUGCUUCACCAGGAAGGAGCUGCGCUACUUCACACAGUACCUCAACUGGGUCGGGCAGACGCUGAGGGAAGAUGUGGCUUCGUGCCAGCCGCUCGCCACGGCCCUGGAUAACGGCCGAGUGAUCCUGUGCGACCGCAUCGCUGACCCCUGGAAUGCUUUCUGGUUCAGCUUGGGAUGCUGCACCUUCUUCCUCAUCCCCAACAUCAUCUUUGCUGUCCGGCUCACCAAACACUUCCGCCCCAUCCGCAAUCGGCUCAUCUCCACGGGGUCAGAAGAGACCUGUCCCUUCCACAUUCCCCGUGUGACAGCACUCAAGCUCUAGGAUGGGGGCCAGCUGGAUGUGGUAGCACUGCCUGCCCACCAGAGCUCCUGUCAAACUCUUACCCAAGCACUGCAGGACUUCAGGUCCCUCUGACAUCUCUUCCUCGAUGUCCUUCAGGGUCUGAGCAUCCUUCCUGGGUGCAGGGUGCAAGUCUCCAUGCUCUCUGGGGCUUGAGGCUCCUCUAACAUCUCUUCCUCAGUGUACUUCGGGGUCUGAGCAUCCUUCCCAGGUUUGGGGCCCUCAUCUCCAUGCUCGGUGGGGCUCUGGGCAUCCAUCAGGGAUGCUCCCAGAGCCUAGCUGAUCCAUGGCACAGAAGGUGGUUCCUCACAGCUCUCACUAAGGACCAGUGUACCACUCGCAGACCCCACAGGGAAGGGCAUUUUCCUGCCACCCCAUGA